CGGUAGCAACAGCGUUCGCAUUCCCGUUUCAACCCCCAUACAGACUGAAAGCAACCCCACAGUUAAAGAGACUUGCGAUAUAGUUACUGUCAGUAUUCGGUUAAGAGUGGACGGGUGUUUUGCUGUACGUGCGUUUUAUUUUUUUAAAAACAAUGUUUCUAGAAAGGAUUCGAGACUAGUAUUUAAUAAUAAUACAAGUUGCAACAAGGACAAUCUGGAAAUUGAGUUUUUUUUCUUAUAGUUUGACUGUGUUUAAAAAAAAUUGACUGAUACAGAGAAAAAUUGAGUGGUGCGGUUUGGACAGCUCGUAACCAAAUCUGGCGGAUUAUAAAAGUGACCACGUGAGAAGGUGGGUAGAUACCAGCUCACCAACUACCCACCAAAAUCGUCACCACCGCCAACAUCACCACCACCAACAUCACCACCACAAUCAUCAUCACCAUCAUCAUUCGACCAACAACAAUCUAAACGAUCUCAAACUGAAGAACAGUCUCAAUAAUAAUAACAUCGACUUCUUGUCGUCGCACCAGCCUUAUUGGAGGCCGUCGAAGGAAGACAUGCCAAUGCUUCUUCAACAGCCCUCACACGUUCUCCUUCCACCCCACGAGACGACGGACCAACCCUUGGACUUCACCAUGUCCAAAUUUAAAACAAAAUCAUCAGCUACCGUCGCCUCACAACUUAAACAACAAAUUUCUAAUUUGGCUGCACAAAGACAAAUGAUGCUGUUACAAACGAACGGAGUUUAUUUUAACCGUACCACUAAUAAUAAUAAAGGUUUUACUAGAGGUAGUUCACCAUCUAGUAGUAGCGAAGAAGAAGGUGUUGGACCACCUACAUCAUCACCUAGAUCAUCACUACCAAGUCCUGGACCAUUAAGAGGAGAAGAUAUCGCGACCUCGCCCAUCGAAACGGAGAAACCUUACGGAAAAUUAUGGCUAAACGACUCUACGAAUCCAUGGAAAACCGAACUUCCCUCCGUCGAAGAAUCAAAGUUAGCAUUCGAAGCACGUUUAGGGCUGUCACCAACGGAACAACGGCCGUUAAACAGAAUGGAUAAAACACCUUCAACACCCCAUUCAAACGAUGAUGGUGAUGUUAAUGGUGAUUUAAGUGGAGAUGAUCAAAGUAUAUCGAGUGAUCAUCCCGCAGAUCGGCACGAUGAAGAUUCAAUGGAUUCAGAUAGAGAUGGAGCAUUAAACUUGGUGACGACUGAAAGUGAACCAGCACGGUCAUCUCCAAAUUCCCAAGUGAAUAAUUCGAACCAAGGGGUAGGAGCCGCGUUGGCAGCACUGACCGGCCUCGGACCGUUACUAGGGAAUCCCCUACAAAUGUUGGGCAACCUGUUUCAAAACCCUCAAAUGCAACAAUUCGCUAUGUUACAACAACAGCACGCCGGCAACCAACUUAACCCACAAUUUUUCCUUCAAAACCAAGGGUUUCUACAAAACUUUCCAAGAUCUAGUCUUCCUACAAGACCAACGCACAACAUCCAGAUCGCCCAACAAUUACAGCAACUCCAAAAGCAGCAACAACAGCAGCAGCAACAGCAGCAACAACAGCAAAUGCAACAACACCAACAACAAAACUCUAAUCAACAUAACACAAGCAUACCUUCAAAUAACCCGAUUCCUCAAACACAAUCAACGCCGCCAAAUAAUUCACUGAUUCCUCCGAGUCUCCUAACACCAAAUACUCCAGGAUCUGCACCACUUACACCUCAAUACAAAACAACACCAAGAUUGUUGGAACCAUCUCCUGAGGAAACGACUGAUUUAGAAGAAUUGGAACAAUUUGCAAAAACAUUUAAACAAAGGAGAAUUAAAUUAGGAUUCACCCAAGGAGAUGUUGGUUUAGCAAUGGGAAAACUUUACGGAAACGAUUUCUCCCAAACAACAAUUUCUCGUUUCGAAGCUCUAAAUUUAAGUUUUAAAAACAUGUGCAAACUAAAACCUCUCCUCCAAAAAUGGCUAGAGGAUGCGGACAGUACAUUAGCAAAUCCGACCGCUUUAAGUAGUGCAAUGACAACGCCGGAAGCGAUCGGAAGGAGACGUAAGAAGCGAACGUCGAUAGAAACGAGUGUACGAGUUGCUUUAGAAAAAGCUUUUGUUAGUAACCCAAAACCUACAUCCGAAGAGAUUGCUUUAUUAGCUGAUAGUUUAUGUAUGGAAAAAGAGGUGGUAAGGGUGUGGUUUUGUAAUCGAAGACAAAAAGAGAAAAGAAUUAACCCACCAGCAGCAGCUAUGGGAUCUCCUUGUUCGGUGGCUAACUCAAACGGGGCAAUGUAUGCUAUAGCUAAUUCAUUAUCGACGAGUCCUUUAUCGUUGGUGACUUCUUCUGCGCACAACUUUAAUCCGAAUGUUAUGGUGAAACAAGAAUGACCACACGCGAAUUUUUUUGCGGAUCAUUACAUGGACUAAAAAAUUCGACUUGAACUUUAAAAUGUGUUGUGCAAUAUAACCGAGAAAAGUUGAGGAAAGAUAAUAAAAUCUUUUUACAAAAAAAAAGAUUAAUCAUAAGAGACACUCUUCGUUGCCAUUAAUUUUUUAUUAUUACUUUGAUAAAUUUAUUAUUAUUUAUCACUUAAACGAAAAAAAUGAAAGCCGAAACGCCAGUUUUUAAUGUUUAAUUUUAAUUUUUUUGUCAUUUUAAUGUAAAUAUUCUUGGACUCGACUUUUGUUGCCAAUUUUAUUAUUAUUAUUAUUACUAUUUAUUCGUUUCCUUGCGUUUUAUUAUUUACUACAUUUUUUUUAUUUAUUUCUUUUAAAUAAUUCCUCAAGUUUUUAGAAGUCUUUUUACACACGACUAUCUUUAAACUUUCAAAGGAAUCGUUCAAAUUAAUUUUAAAAAGAAAACAAUAACAUAUAGGGUGUUUCAAAAUGUAAUUGUUUUUAAAUUUAACUUUAUUUGUACUCGUUCGAUUAUUUGUAGCAUUUAUUUGAAGCUAUGCAUUUUUUUCUAUAUAUUGGAACUUUAUAUGAUAAAGCUAUUUGUGGUUUAGGUAUAACUUAAACUGCGAAUGAAAUCCAUGAUAUCCAUUAUAUUGUCAUAAUGAGCAUGCACUUAAGAAUUGUGGGGUUUCUAUUAAUAUUAAAUAUUAAUGGAAUAAGUGACAGCAUAUCUUGGAUAAAGAUUGAAGAUAUCAGAUCUAAAAUAUGCUACAUAUCCGCUAAAGCAUUUCUGAUACGUUCUGGUGGUUCAUCAAAUUUUAUGGCAACUUUAAGAAAUGGUUUAGAAACUCCUCCAAAUAUAUUACAAUGUAGUGAUAUCCAAAUAUCCCUACUAUUUGAUUUGAACACCUCUAUUGGAUACAUGAAUCCUAAGAAAUCUUAUAACCAUUUUUGCUAUUCACACAUUAGUGCUGUUUAGAAAAGAUUAAAUAAUUUCUAAUGAUCUACAUCAAUUUAAUAUAAAGCUGAGAAUUUACAAGAAUGUAUGACUUAAUUAAGCCGCGGCGAUAUUUCAAUGCCCUAUCGAUACAAAAUUAAACCAUUUCAUGAAACCAAGGUCAUUUGAGGCCGAGACGCUACAUCGAUACCAUUUCAAUGGAAAGAUGGAGUUUUCAAUGAUGUAUGACUUAAUUAAAACGAGGUUGCUUGCGGCCAAUGCCUUAUUUGAUGCCAUAAAGAUACAAAAUUACACUGUUUUUAAGGAAGCACAACUUCAUUAAGCCGAGAUCGCUUGCGGUUGAGGCACUACAUUGAUGUGGUAUCGAAAUCUGAACUGUUUUCAAGGAUGUAUAGCUUAAUUAAUAUCGCUUGCGGCUUAGGUGCUAUUUUAAUGCCAUUUCUAAAAAACUUUUCAAUGAUGUCUGUUGUCAUUAAGCCGAGGAUGCUUGCGACCGAGGCGCUACAUCGAUACUAUUUCAAUGGAAAGAUGAACUUUUCAAUGACUUAUGACUAGGUUGCUUGCGGCCAAUGCCCUAUUUAAUGCAAUAAAGAUCAAAAUUAGACAGUUUUCAAGGAAGUACAACUUCAUUAAGUCAAGGUCGCUUGCGGCCGAGGCACUACAUCGAUAUAGUAUCGAAAUCUGGACUGUUUUCAAGGAUGAGCUCAAUUAAUAUCGGCUGAGGUGCUAUUUAAUGCCAUAUCGAACAAAACUCGCCAGCUUUCAAGAAGAUAUGACGUAAUUAAGUCAAGGUCGCUUGUGGCUGAGGCAUAAUUUCGAUACCAUAUCGAUAAAAAGCUCAAAAAUGCUUGAUUUGAUUACAACAUUCAAAGAUACAUAACAUCAAGUUCAUUUUCCUCGAUGGUCCUUCCUACAGAUUAAAAUUGUUUGCACUUUUAACAAGACAUAGUUAAAAUUGACUUAGAAUAUGAUCGCCUGGCAAGCUGUAAGAACUUCUUUAAAUUGUUUGAUGUCAACAGAAAACGGCUCUACUUAUUAGCAGAUUGUGUAGUUCAAAAUUUAUUUUGUUAUGGUCUAAUUGCAAUUAAGACCUAAUCGUUUAAGACCAAUUAUUUGAAAUCAUAGAACAGCAAAGAUAAGCAGGCAUGAAAGCUGCAAUUUUAUUAUGAGUCUAACAGCUCUAUUGCAUUCAGGUUAGGACUUCAAUACUAACAUCAUAUCACCUAAACUUAACCAAGUUUAGGUUCACCAUCGAAUUAUAUGUAUGAAAUAAAGUUGUGUUGAAACCACGUCUUCCCCAAAUUCGUCUGAGAAUUUCGAUUAAUCUGCAAUGAAGGAUUUCUGUUGCAGGUACUUGAAAGUUCAAGUUUUAAUCUCUUCUAUUAUAUCAGUUUUCAUGAAUAACCUCCAAGACAAAAUAAUGGUAAAAACUCUGUGUUUUUGAAGAGCAUGCAUACGAAAAUAUCUUCCAUCAAGUUGGAGCCCUGGUGAUUAAACCAGCUUCUUUAAGCUUUUAUAACACUUCGAACAAAAAAAAGAACUUUUGUCACAACCGCUUGUAAAGCAUAUCCAAAUCUAUCCUAUCAAAAAUAAAACUUUGUUACUUCGAUAUAUUAUAUCGAG